AUGACUGGCAUCUCACCGCACCUAGGCCAUUUGGUUCGGACCACCUCUACUGUGACUGCGAGACCGCCGCCCUCGCCGAUAGCGUUAGGCACGAUAUGGUCCUCUUGCUUCAAACGUACACUAAGCAACGACACGACUCGUCACAGUGACGCCCCGGCCAUUACGACUCCAGGAUGCCCGUCUUAUGCCGGGAAAGGGCUCAAUCUAAGGACGCUGGACCCGUCGCGACUUUCCUCCGCGGACUACAUUGACAUAAGUGGGAAACACAGUAUACUCACCAGGAUUUGGGCGAACCCCUUGCCACCGUUUGACAAAAAACAUUCAAUAGAGUACUUGGUCACACGCAGGCCAGAGGAUCCUCCUACAUUUCCCGCUGGUACGAGAGGGUUCUUAUACUGGUAUAAAGAAGCAGAUGCGCCUCCGUUAGCUGCUGACGUUCGUUUCCGUCUCGUCAAGUCACCACACGUCCGAGACUUCUCCAGUGGGGAUGACCUCCGUCAGCCAGACGGCAACGUCUGGAGGAUAUCAAUGUUCCGCAUUGCCCGCUACGAGCGCUACUCGACUCUACGAACACUGUUAUUAUCCGAAAGACUCAUUACUCAAGAUAUGUUAGACUUAGCCGCUCAGGCCUCCGGUUCGAAUGGUCGCAGGGUUGCGAGACCAAGAUCUUCCAGUCAGCUCGUCUGGAAAUUUGGUCAGCCUUUUCCGGUGCGCCUCAGGAAAGAUGCCAAGAUCGUGCUGUGGAUCGUGGGCAGGUCUGCGGUCCGUCGUUUUAGACUGCAACAUAUAGAUGUGCAGGAGCAAAUACAGGAUGUGGAUGAAGGUAGUCCUUUCAUGACAAAUCCCAGAGACACGCUCACCUAUUUUUCGUCAGGAAAAUGCUUUGUCCAAUUCGAACGCUCCGCCCUCCCUCCGCACGAGGGCACUCGUACCGUGGUCCUCCGAGUCGUCAAAACAUGCGAGUCGACUCUGUCAUCUGUCACAGUUCCUCAGCCGCAGGAGGGCGAGCUAGUUUAUACGCGGAACAGACAAAAAAUCCGGGUGCCUUGGUCGGUGAAUGUUGACGAAAUCAAGGGCAAGAACCAGCAGUAUCCUACCCGCAUGGCUUUGAAGUUACUCUUUGAGAACGAGCAAAUUCCCCCCACAGGAGUUGGCCCGUGAGCCAUCGAUCCCUCGCCCGAUGUAUACCAAUGACACGUUAGACCUGUGGCUUGUCUUACUUGCGUCUUCAUUGAAUCCACUCACUCUGCUCUCCACUCGUCGCUCCAUUAUCCCUGCUCCCCGAACUGCCAGGAUAUCCGUGGGAUUGCCCCUCUUUCUCCACCGCCUCCGUUAAUAGACAUCGGAAUCCACAUCAACUUCUGCCUACUGGCGUCCUCGGUUGUCUUCACGGUCCAUCAGUGUAGACAAGCUGUAUUCCUUCAAACACCGUAGAUCUGGAGCGAAUAACUGAUGUAGCGCGCAGGGUACCAUGUGUCAUAUGUCCG